AUGGAAGCUGUCAUGACAUAUUUGGAUGAACACCGAUUUUCCAGCGCCAAACCUAACCCUCUUCUGUUCAACACACCGAUUCUAGAGAGAGAAAGAGUGUGUUCGAGAGAAAUGAAUGCUUCAAUGAGGAAAAAGGUUCAAAGGAAGUGUAAGAUAAGAGGCUACAACCUCAAAGUGGAUGCUCUCGACGAGAUCCUCUCCUUCGCCGCUCGCUUCGAAGGCGACGAAGACGAAGCCGUCGAUCUCCUCCUCGACGAGCUCGAAAAAUCUUUGAAAUCCACAAUAAUUGACAAGGAGACGGUGCACCGCGUGGUGAGCCUGCUGCUGGAAGCUGAGGCGGCCGUGGAGGAUAGCUCCGACCCCGGCGCUGGCACCUCUUCCGCCAUUCGCGUUGUCGAUGCGUUCCUCGUCCCGAAAUAUAAAUACGACACUAUCAGAAAACAGUUCUACGAGCAUACAGGCACGUUAUCUAUUCACGGAGAAGCAUCAGCAAAAGCAGCUUUGUACAGGGAUAGGUUUCUGUUAUUGUCCCAGAGGCUCUCUCGUGACCAGCAUUUUUCUAAACCUGCUUUUGAAUCUGAAUUUUCUCAUUUCGGAAGUUGUGAGAUAUCUCCUAUUCAAUCUCUAGUUGGGCAAACAGGUAGAAGAUGGGUGAUGGGCGUAAUAUCUCAGCUGGAAGAUGGUCAUUACUAUUUGGAAGACCUUACAGCUGCAAUAACUACAGGACUCUUUUCAGAGAACACUAUAGUUGUGGUCGAAGGGGAGAUGCACGUGGAGGGUAUUUUUCAGGUUUUAACAUGUGGAUUUCCUCCACUGGAGGAUAGAGAUAAGUCACUGAAAGUACUUGCAGGGCAUGACUUUUUUGGUGGUGGUACUUUUACCAAAGAGGAAACUAUUAGAAUGGAAGAGAUGGAGAAAAGAGCUGUAAAUGACAUGUUUGUCAUACUUGCUGAUGUUUGGCUAGACAAUGAAGAGGCUUUGACAAAGCUGGAGACUGUUCUGGAUGGUUUUGAGAGUGUGGAAGUGGUUCCUUCCUUAUUUGUUUUCAUGGGAAACUUCUGCUCUAGGCCAUGUAACCUUUCAUUUCAUUCUUAUUCGAGCCUCAGAAUGCAGUUUGGUAAGCUGGGGGAAAUGAUUGCUGCCCAUACUCGGCUGAAAGAGCUGAGUCAAUUUCUGUUUAUUCCAGGUCCUGAUGAUGCAGGUCCUUCGACGGUUCUUCCUAGGUGCGCUUUACCAAAAUAUUUAACUGAAGAGCUCCAAAAGCACAUACCAAAUGCCAUAUUUUCAAGCAACCCUUGCAGGGUAAAAUUUUAUACCCAAGAAAUUGUAUUUUUCCGCCAGGAUAUGCUGCAUAGAAUGCGUCGCUCAUGUUUGAUGUCUCCUUCUACAGAAGAGACUGAUGAUCAUUUUCAACAUCUUGUUGCUACCAUAACCCAUCAAAGUCAUCUCUGUCCACUCCCACUUACUGUUCAACCUAUCAUUUGGAAUUAUGACCAUUCUCUCUAUCUUUAUCCAACUCCACACACGAUAGUCUUGGGUGACAGAAGUCAGCAAAAGGCAUUCAAGUACACAGGAAUCACCUGUUUUAAUACUGGUUCCUUCUCAAUUGACAGCACGUUUGUGGCAUAUCGUCCCUGCUCUCAGGAAGUAGAAUUAUCAGCCUUAUAUACAACCAUUAACAAAGCUGGAAAUCUGGAAUUGCUGCCUUUUCCUCUUGGGAAUAUUGAAAACAGCCAGAAUCCAAUGACCAUUGCCAGUGGUAAAACGCUCCACACAAGCACAGCUGCAAUGAAAGGUGAUGUUGAUAUAGCCACAAGUUGA